GACAGCACUAAUGUUAGCUUGUGAAAGAGGACAUGAGGACAUUGUACACAGUUUACUGUCUGCUGGAGCUAAUGUUGAUGUUAGGAGCACAAGAGAAUUGACUGGAGUACAUAUAAUGAGAGGAACAGAUUUGGCCGAGAGCCAUGAGACUGGGACAAAACAAGAAAGUAAAAAGAUUGAUCCCAAAGAACUACUUGAAAGUGCAGCAGCUGGUAAAGACAAAAGUAAAAGUGAUGAUCAAAAGCCUCCAGUUGUCAAUGAAUUUUUUCCAAAACUGGAAGACUUGGAGAGUGAAGAGAAAAUGAUAAAAAAAUAUUCGACCCACCUAACCAAGGAAGAGCAGCAAGAAUUCAUAGAAGAAGUCAAUGUAAUUCUGGUGACUGCCACAUCUAUAGAGUAUCGUGCUGUAAUGGGUGCCACUGCACCUACUGGAGGAGAUGGAAAAUAUAUCAAAGUUAUCACUAAAGAUGGAUCGACAAAUUUUAUUUUAGGAAAAUAUGGGCGGUGUAAUGUUGCAGUGAUAAUGACAGAGCAGGGCCCAGAUAAUACCCAAAAAGUUCUUACUUCAGUACUAGAUGACGUGAAAGCUGAGUAUGUCAUUGCUAUUGGAAUAUGUUAUGGAGCAAAGGAGAGCAAAACUGAGGAACUUGGCGAUAAAACAAAACUAGCCAACAUUAUUGUGGCCAAAAGUAUCGUCAACACUGAACAUCAGCGUAGUGAAGAAAAAAGAAAUGUUUUGCCAGACACAUAUCACUGUGGAGAGAAACUGUUGAAUUUAUUCAAACAUGAAAAAGUCUUUAACUUUAAAGAUAAAUCAGUUAAAGUUCACGUUGGUGUCUUGGCCUCUGAGUUUACACUGCAUCGCAACGAAGAAGAAAAACAGAAAAUAUUAAAGCAAGUUCCACAAGCACUUGGAGGAGAAAUGGAGGCAAAUGGUAUAAAUCGGGUUGCAGUUGCUAAGAAAGAUAAAUUCCAAUGGAUAGUAAUAAAAUCUAUCGUUGACUGGGGAAAUGAAGACAAAGACAAAACAUGGCAACCAUUUGGAGCUGUCUCGUGUGCAAGGUUCGUCCUAAAAUGCUUGAAAGAUCAACCUGAUGAGGGAGAUCCACUGAAGAAAACAAUAAAAUAAACUAGUUUUAUAUUGAGUAUUUUUUUAUUAUUAGUCUAGUUUAACUAAUUGAAAAGUUUGUUCUAAUUGAUAUUAAUAUUA